AUGAAAGUAUUAUCUGAAGGACAAUUAAGGUUUUGUGUUGUUCAACCAAUACAUCUCACAUCAUGGCUGCUCAUAUUCUUUAUUCUGAAGUCUAUCUCUUCUCUAAAACCUGCCCGACUUCCAAUUUAUCAAAGGAAACCUUUUAUAGCUGCUUGGAAUGCUCCAACGGAUCAGUGUUUGAUAAAAUACAAUAUAAGACUAAAUUUGAAAAUGUUUCAGGUGAUUGGAAGCCCACUGGCCAAGGCCAGGGGACAAAAUGUCACCAUAUUUUACGUCAACAGAUUGGGAUACUAUCCAUGGUAUACAUCGCAGGGGGUUCCCAUUAAUGGGGGUCUCCCUCAGAACAUAAGUUUGCAAGUACAUCUAGAGAAAGCUGACCAAGAUAUUAAUUAUUACAUCCCUGCUGAAGAUUUCAGUGGACUUGCUGUUAUCGACUGGGAAUAUUGGCGACCCCAGUGGGCCCGUAACUGGAACACAAAAGACGUCUACAGACAGAAGUCAAGAAAGCUGAUUUCUGAUAUGCAAGAGAAUGUAUCAACUACUGAUAUUGAAUAUUUAGCCAAAGCGACAUUUGAAGAAAGUGCAAAAGCUUUCAUGAAGGAAACCAUCGAAUUGGGAAUGAAGAGUAGACCCAAGGGCUUAUGGGGUUAUUAUUUAUAUCCUGAUUGCCACAAUUAUAAUGUUUAUGCCCCGAAUUAUACUGGGUCAUGCCCGGAAGAGGAAGUGUUGAGAAACAAUGAGCUCUCUUGGCUCUGGAAUAGCAGUGCUGCUUUGUAUCCUUCUAUUGGUGUCAGAAAAUCUCUCGGAGACAACGAAAACAUUUUGCGCUUCUCGCAAUUUCGGGUGCACGAAUCCAUGAGGAUCUCCACCAUGACACCCCACGAUUACGCUCUGCCUGUGUUCGUUUACACAAGGCUAGGCUACAGGGAGGAACCUUUAUUUUUUCUUUCUAAGCAAGAUCUAAUCAGUACUAUUGGAGAAAGUGCUGCCUUGGGAGCUGCGGGCAUUGUUAUCUGGGGAGACAUGAACUUAACUUCAUCUGAGGGUAACUGUACAAAGGUGAAGCAGUAUGUGAGCUCUGACUUAGGGAGCUACAUAGUCAACGUGACCAGAGCUGCUGAGGUAUGCAGCCUUCACCUCUGCCAGAGUAACGGGAGAUGCAUAAGGAAGAUAUGGAACUCUCCGGAUUACCUUCACUUGAACCCUGCAAAUUACCACAUAGAAGCCUCCGAGGAUGGAGAAUUUACCGUGAAAGGAAAAGCAUCUGAUACAGACCUGGAAGUGAUGGAGGAGAAAUUUUCCUGUCACUGUUAUCAGGGAUACGAAGGAGCUGACUGCAGAGAAACCAAGACGCUGGAUGGCUGCUCUGGGGUUUUCUCUUUUUCUGGCUCACUGAUAACACUAUGCCUGCUGGUUUUAGCAGGUUAUCAAAGCAGUUGGUUGCGAGAUAAUUGA